AUAAACUCUCCACGAACCUCCUCUGCUUCCCACAGAACAGAGCUUUUUUUUUUUUUUUUUUGCCUCCCCUGUUUCUGCAACUGCGAUUUCCCCAAUUCACGCUGAAUAAUCAACACCCUUUUGGAUAUUUGUUCUUGAUCUUCGUCUGCUCAGCUCUCUCUUUAUCUAUUCAGUUUUUUUUUUUUUUUUUUCAUUUUGUUGUUGGAGAAUUUGAGAUGGGUUGCUCAAGAAUUAUCAAUUUGGGUAUCCGAUUCUGUUUUUAGUUCAAUCGGAUUAGCUAUUCAAAUUGAAUGUCCCAGAUUCUAAUAUUCGGUUUCUUUAUUGCUAUUUUAAUAUUCUCUGACCAAAUUUAGAUCUGGGUGUAAAAAAUUUCAAAGCUUUCUUAAUUUGUUUUUCUUGCUUUGGGUUCAACGAAUCAUUUUAGAUUCGUAUAUCUUUGUUUCUGAUUUAGGGGACCCUUCUCAAAUUCUCAACAAUAUCUCUCUUUUUCUUUUUUCUUUUUUUAAAAAUUUCUAUAAAUUUAAGAGAGAAAGCUGAGUAGUUAAAUCCAUAGCGCUUUCCAAUGGCAGCAGCAAAGAACAGUGGUAAAUCCAGAAAGGGUGUUGAAGAAACCCAGAAGAUGACAAGUUGGGAAAUUGACAGAGGAGGCAGAAAUGAUCUCAAUUUCAGCUCAGAGAGACGACAAUGGAAACCAGUUUUUGAUGAAGCUUCCAUGUCACAGAGACCUCUCAAGAAGAUCAGAAGCCCCGAACGUCAAGACCCAUUUCAAUCACCACCUACUUCUUCUUCUUCUUCAUCCUCUUUAACUCGACAACCACCAUCUCCGUUCUCUGUUCCUUCUCCUUCCUCUUCAUCAUCAUCUUCAAGAAUUGUGUUUCCUUUUGCAUUUGAUGGGUCCCAACAACAAUCUAUUCAAUAUCCAAAUCAACUCUCAUCGACAACUUUCCCAAUCUUCCGACCUCCUCUGCUUCAGCAUCCACAAACUCAUCAGCAGCAGCAGCAAAUGAUCUCUUUUGCUUCUCAGCAGCAACAGGGCAUGAAUUUACCGGCAAUUUUUCCAGCAGAUUCGGCUUCGCCUUUGCUGUAUAAUCAGCAACAGCUUCUUCAGUAUUGGAGCGAUGCAUUGAAUUUAAGUCCAAGAGGUAGGAUGAUGAUGAUGAACAGGUUGGGACCCGAUGGUCGUCCCCUGUUUAGGCCACCGACGCAGCCUAUAAACACAACGAAGCUUUACAGGGGAGUCAGGCAGCGGCAUUGGGGGAAAUGGGUUGCGGAAAUCCGUCUCCCUCGUGACCGGACACGGCUUUGGCUCGGUACUUUCGACACCGCCGAAGACGCUGCCUUGGCUUAUGAUCGUGAAGCUUUCAAGUUGAGAGGUGAGAAUGCUAGGCUCAAUUUCCCUGAGCUUUUCCUCAACAAAGACAAAGCAGUUUCCGAAGCUCCUAGCUCUGCUUCUGCUUCUUCACCACCUGUUCCAAUUGGAUACCAAAAGCAACAAGCUCCGGAGAAUCCAAAUUUUCCCUCGGACGUCGAGAAAAUGCCACCGCCGCCGCCAUUACCGGCUGCUAAAGAGGAGAAUCCCGACGAAGAUUCGGGAGUUGGGUCGAGUGAGGCUGCGGCGAGCGACGAAGUUCAGGCGAGUACAGCUGGUGAAGGUGGAGGUGGUGAUGGAGGUGAAGGUGUUUCUCAGGAACUUGUUUGGGGGGAAAUGGCAGAGGCUUGGUUGAAUGCAAUUCCGGCUGGCUGGGGUCCCGGAAGUCCUGUUUGGGAUGAUUUGGACACAACCAACAAUUUCCUAUUGCAAUCACAACUACCAUUUCACAACACCAGUUCAAAUCUGCAGCAGGAUUCGAAUGACUCUUCUAAUCGUCAGAGGCAGCAAGAGAACUUGGAUUCAUCUUCUUGUUCCACUUCCACUUUCUGUCCCACAAAAUCCUACUUUUGGAAGGAAAAUCAAGAUUGAAGGGGAAAAAAAAGAUCAUAUGUCAUAUGGUUAUUUGAUCUUUGAAAGUUGGUAAGAAGAAUUAUUAGGCACUCCUUUUCUCUUCUAGUUUUUACACAGUUUUUUAGGCACUCCCUCUAGAUUUUUUCACUGAUUGCAUAGUUUUCAGAACAGACCAACCCACUUUGAAUUUUCAAGCUUCUUUCAUGUCCUUUUUGGUUUUUACCUUGACAUCUUUCCCUUCUUUAGUAGAAUCUAGCUCUUAGUUUCACUUCCUCUCUCUCUCUCUCUCUCUCUCUCUCUCUCUCUCUCUCUCACUGGUUGCAGAUUUUUCAAAUACAACCUGUGAUUUCCUUUGGAGCAUUGUCAACCUUCCCUUUUUAUUUUUUAUUUUAUUAUUUCUUUUUUUGGGUCAUUUUGGAUUUUUGAAGCUUUAAAUUCACUUUGCUUUUGACUUUUAGACACUUCAAAAAUCCUGAACUCCUUCCUUCUAUUCUCUAGCUCCUCUAAGCCAUCUGCUAUGCAAAAGGUCCAUCUUUUUUCGGAACUUUUCAGCAAUGGCUGUCUAAUUCACACAUUUCCAUGCCUUCUGUUCCUAGUAUUGCUGUGAUGGCAGUGUUCAUUAUGUAUCUAUAUAUACAUAUGUAUGCAUGCAUGUUUUAGCUGCUUUUUAUUUUGCUGUUGAACAUAACAAUAACAAGAUUGUAGCAAUGAAGUUGGUUUAGUGUGAGAUCAUGGGAGAAGGAAGACGGUUUUAUGAUCUCCUUCUCCAUUGAUGAUCAUCAGGAUCGAGCUUCGUUUUCUUGCUCGAGGGGAUGUAGCAAUUACUAGUUUUUGUAAAUCUUUUGAAAUUGCUAUAUAUUUUUAUUAUUA